AUCCCGUCGUCUGCUGCGCCCUAAUUGCAAGGACGAAAGAUCUCCUCACGACACUGCCAAGACAAAGUAGAAACUCGACUGUGUGUGUGUGUGUUUGUCUGUCUGUUCAACAAUGGCGCCGCCAAGAGGAAGGAAUCGCAAGCCGCGUAACACUCGGAUGGAUGCUGCGAUUGACGCACUGCUGCCAAUGGGUUUCCCAAGAGCUAUCGUACGAAAAAGGGUUAACCAUCUUCUGUCCGUUUAUGGCGGAGAUGAGUCGUGGAAGUUUAUAGAAGAGGAUGCAUACAAGGUCCUGAUUGACUCCUUCCUUGAUGAACAAGAGGAGUCGAUGUCUAUACAAUGCAUCGAAGAUAAAAAGGAUGAUGACACAUCGAUUAGAGAAGGAGAAAUUGUCCCCUGUUUGGAGAAUGAAGCUCAUCUAGAAGUGGCUGUCCCCCUUCGUAGAAGCUAUGAGCUGUCAAGGAGCGAUGAUGAGAGUGAUGAUGACGAGAUGCUCCAUUUUGACCCUGCUACAAGUCCAUCUCACAUUCUAUUCGCAGAACCGGAGGAGGGGAAUGCAUGUGUCUUCCAUGGUCUUGACAACAAAAACAUUGAAAUGUUGCCACUUCCAGAGAACAUCAGCAGCCAAGCAAGUAAAGGAAAGAGUCUAAUUCAGUUGAACAAUAACUGUUCUGGAAGUGGAAUAGGAAGGAGUGACAACAUUAAGCAAGAAGUGAGUCCGCCCCAUAUGAACAACAACAUCAGAAGAGAAAAAAGGCAGUUGGUGCGGCUGACAAGUGAUCCUUACCAUUCACAUAUAUGAUCAACCGACCCUUUGAAAGGUUAUGUGUUUCAGUGCUGAUUCUAUAUACACAAGUAGUUAACAACUUUAAGGACUGGAGUGACUGAAGAUAUAUAAUUAGUGGUGUGUCAUAAACUUCCAUCAUUUUGAAUGUAGAACUAUUCUGGUUU